CCAACGCACACAAACUUGCACAUCAUCAUUUCAUCCCUUCAACUUCAGAAUGGCACAAAACCAUCCAGUGGUCUCACAUUGCAUGGCGAUAACACUCAUCUUGAUGAGCACACUGGUGUGCCAAUCCAAGCUUUUGAACGAUCCACUAUACCGCGAGCUCCUUUCUCUCCCCAUCGCCAGCGACCUCCACAUUGACCCCGAAUCCAUCGCUGAGGCCUCUGUUGACUUUGGCCUCAUUGUUCGAAAAAUUCCUGCAGUCGUCCUUCGCCCAUCUCACCCCGAAGACAUCGCGGUUCUCGUGGCGUUCGCGAACAGUAAAUCCUCUAUCCCUUUCACUAUCUCAGCCAGAGGAUGUGGCCACUCCGUCCGGGGACAAGCUAUGGCUCGUGAUGGGGUCGUUGUGGACAUGACGUCUCUUGGUAACAAGACCGCCGUGUCAUGGAGCCAGUCGCUCGGCCACUAUGCCGACGUCGGAGGCCAGCAACUUUGGAUCAAUGUGCUGGAGGAGACGCUGAAACAUGGUGUUACCCCGGUUUCGUGGACAGAUUAUUUGUACCUAACUGUGGGUGGUACGCUCUCUAAUGCAGGCAUUAGCGGGGAAACAUUUCGAUAUGGUCCUCAGAUCAGCAAUGUCUACGAAAUGGAUGUCAUCACUGGAACUGGGCACUUUUUUACUUGCUCUCCCCACAAAAAUCCGGAGUUAUUUUACUCCGUCCUUGGUGGUCUUGGUCAAUUUGGCAUAAUAACAAGAGCAAGGAUCGCAUUGGGUCAAGCUCCAAAGAGAGCUAUAUGGGUGCGAAUGCUAUACAGUGAUUUUUCAGCUUUUACAACGGACCAAGAACGGUUGAUAUCGCUCCAUGGAAGGGAUCAAGAUGAAGCAUUGGACUACGUAGAAGGUCAGCUUUUCAUGCGCCGAAAUUCAGACAGUUGGAUAUCUUUCUUCUCUCUCUCGGACCGCCCGCGACUGAUGUCCCUAUUAACCGAACACGAGCUCCUCUACUGCAUCGAAGUAGCCAAGUUCUACGAUGAACGCACUCGAAGUACAGUAGACAAGGACCUGAAGACGAUAUUGAAAGAUUUGAGCCAUGUCCCUGAGUUCCUGUUCCAAAAAGAUGUCGGCUACGUAGAUUUCUUGAAUAGAGUGCGAGCAGAAGAGCUGACGCUCCGAGAACUGGGGCUCUGGAACGUUCCUCAUCCGUGGCUUAACCUAUUUGUGCCCAAAUCUCGCAUUGCCGAUUUCAACACAGGCGUUUUCAAGAACAUUGUUCUCAGAAAGAACAUAACAACCGGACCUGUUCUCAUUUACCCUAUGAACAAUGACAAAUGGGAUGAUAGAAUGUCUGCUGUCAUACCAGACGAAGAUGUCUUUUAUACCGUUGGAUUCUUGCUUUCAAGUGGGUUUAAAGACUGGCAAGAGUUCGACCUUCAAAAUAAGGAGGUGCUCCUUUUUUGUGAAGAUAAUGGUAUAAAGGUCAAGCAGUACCUUCCAAAUUACAGCACCGAAAGAGAGUGGAUGCAACAUUUUGGUCCCAAAUGGAGGGCAUUUCAAGAGAGCAAAGCUCAGUUCGAUCCAAAAAUGUUGUUGUCUCCUGGGCAGAGGAUCUUCAACCAAAACUAAGGCAUGGAUUCAAAGAUUGACGGGGUUUAUGGUUCAGUAGGUUUUCUAAUCACACAAUUAAUUGUGUUUAUAUGAAUCAUGUAUGUUUACUUAGCUUCUGAUAAUUUCAUAUGUA